AUGCAUCUCUUAAGAGCAAUAGGAUUCUUCCACNUAAACAUGCUCUUACUUGGAAACAUAAUAGGGGCAGGGAUUUUUGUGUCUCCUAAAGGAGUAUUAAAAUGCUCCUCACUGAACAUCCCUAUUUCUCUCAGUAUCUGGGCAGGCUGUGGCCUGCUGGCCAUUAUGAGUGUUCUCUCUUUGACAGAGCUGGCAACCACNUUUCCUGUGAGUGCAGCAUCUUAUUAUUUCCUGAAGANAUCUCUUGNACCCUCUGCUGCUUUCCUCAGUUUUUGGAUUAAAAUUUUUUCUCAUUGUCUAGGCCUGGGUUUUCAAACUUUACUAAUAGCUAGUUAUCUAAUUCAACCUCUCUAUCCUGGGUGCCCAGCUCCAGAGCUCCCCAUUAAAUGCCUGGCUUUGGCUAUUUUGUGGUCAUUUGGAUUUCUCAGUGCUAGAAGAAUGAAAACAGUGGCUUGGCUUCAGACCAUCAGCAGUAUGAUGAAGAUGGGUAUUCUUUGUCUCAUUUCUCUAACGGGGCUUGUGCUGUUAGUGGUUGGCAGAAAGGAGAAUGUGUCCAGGUUUGAGAAUGCUUUGGACGCUGAACUUCCUAGUGCAUCACAGGUUGUAGAAGCCAUUCUCCAAGGAUGUUUUGCAUACAAAGGAUCAUCAGUCCUGAUCAACAUAGCAGGUGAGAUAAAAAAUCCUGCUAAAGUAAUUCCCAAGUCCGUGAUUUCUUGUCUUUCCAUUAUAGUUGUGUUUUAUUUACUGGUUAAUGUAUCCUAUCUGGUAGUUUUGACACCAAAGGAAAUUAUUUUUGCAGAUUCUGUUGCUAUCACAUGGGUAAGCAGAGCAUACCCUUCCAUGACAUUGGUUGUUUCUUUGGGGAUCUCCCUCUCAUCAUUGACAACCACUGCCUGUGUAAUACUUUCAGCAUCAAGGGUUUUCUACUCUGCAAGCCAAGAAGGACAGAUGCCGCUCAUCUUCUCAAUGCUUAAUGACCAUCACAGUCCUGUUGUAGCUACCACUCAAGUUGUCAUUUUAUCUACAUUUUCAAUAAUAAGUUCAAACUUAACCAGUUUGAUAAAAUAUAUAGGAAAAAUAAACAUUUUCAAUGACUUACUAUGUAUGAUAGCUUUACUUAAACUGAGGUACCAGAAGCCAGAUUUUCCUAGACCUUAUAAGGUGUGCCUGCCGUUUAUAUUUGGAACUUUAGUUCUAUCUUCAUUUCUCAUUUUGACACCAUUGAUUCAGUCUCCUAAUAUCGAUAAUAUCUAUCAAGUUACCUUUCUUUUCAGUGGGUUUGUGGUCUACUGGCUUCAGGUUUACCUUUUUCAACAUUCUGAUAAAUUUAAAACAAUAACAUGUUAUUUGCAAUUGCUGUUUAAUGUUUCACCAUCUGACAAACAAGACAAAGACAUUUUUGCUGAGUAA